AUCUGCUAAAAAAAAUCCGCAAAAAAAAAAAAAAAAUGAAACAUCUGGAUACUGUAUUAAAUGUCACUUUUCAGCAUCAAAAUUCAAUGUAAAAAAAAAAAAAAGUCAACAUCUUGAAAUGGUCAACUGUAAAAAUAUUUAACCUAAAAGAAAUUAGUGCAAAAAAAGUCAGUCUAAAAAAAUUCGCAAUGAAAAAAAAAUUAAACUGGAAAAAAAAAUCAACUAAAAAUUGCCUGCCAAAAAAUCUGCUAAAAAAUGUGCCUGCAAAAAAAAGAAAAAAAUCUGCAAAAAGAAAAAAAUCUGCAAAAAAAUAAAUAAAAUCAUCUGUAUUAAAUGUCACUUUUGUAAAAGUUGUGGGACUUCAAGCAAAGUUUCUCCAAACACAGGUAGAAAAUUCUCCCCAAGUCAUGUCUAGGGCUGACCUCCAGAAAAGGAAACGUUUGCUGGAUGAAAUCCCUGUAAAUCCACCGAAGAUCCCUCCUUGCGCCUACCAGCCUGGUCCUGAGCCACCCCCUCCCCAGGAGUAUCAGCUCACAUUAUUUCAGUGGCAAAUCCAACAAGAAGCGCGCAAGUUUGAAGGAGUCGCUCCCGAGUUGCUGAGCAAACAAGAUGCCGACGGUGACACAUGUCUUCACAUAGCUGUGGCCCAAGGCAGAAGAGCUCUGGCCUACAUGCUUGCUUCCAAGAUGGCCGUCUACGGUGCUUUAGAGGUGAAAGAGCACAAUGGGAAGGUAGCGGAGCUCCUCUCGGUCGCCAUCAAGUCUCUUCACAAUUUUACAAAUACGCCGCUUCAGGUGGCCGCGGCAGCCAAUCAGCACCUCAUCGUAGGUGACCUGCUAGAGCACGGAGCAAAUGUCAACACCGCAGACUUGUGGGGGCGCUCCCCUCUGCACAUUUGCGCUGAGAAAGGAUUCCACCUCUGUCUUCAGGUUUGGAGUUGAUCAUUUUGGAAAAAUGACUUUUUAUAUCGUGAAAUUUAGGGAAUGCCCUUUUACUGACCUGAAAACUAACCAGGGUCCAAAGAGUUGCCUCAUAUAGAAAACUUUGUCCAAAGAAUGUACUCCCAAUAGUUGCAACCGAACACCCUUUGCAGAUUUUUCCAAUAUUCAUUUUUUUUUUCUGUUUUAAAAGUUUUUGGAGGGAGGAUACUCAGUUUGAAAAAUGUUUGUUGGAAUGGGUGUCAAUUAAAUGCAGGUUUAUAUAAUGCAUAUAAAUGACCUCAAUUCAAUUUUUCAAUUAAACAAACAAACAAACAAACAAACAAAAACAAAUCCCCCUCUACCAGCCACAAAAAAAUCUAAAAACGCUGUAAAUAUUGAACACAAAUGACGACUUGAGUCAAUUUAGUUUUCUUUGCAUUUGCGUUGUUGUAUUAUGCUGCCAUCUAGUGGUCAGGUGAUAUACACUUGAGCUGCAAUGAAUUAAUCAUGACACAAAUUGUCUAGCUCUUUAUAUAUUGUGCUUAAUAUUUUUGUUAUUUAUUAAGUUUGUUAUUGAAAGCAUUACAAAAAUGUUUUAUUUUUUUGGAAGCUGGACACGAAUUAUUAUUCUUUUAUGUGAGAUAAUGAAGUGCGAAUGAGUUGCCUACACUGGUCUCCAUUUUUGAUACUUUGUGCAUCCACAGAUCAUCUGGAGGACUUUCUCCAUGCCCGAAUGUUGUCAUUUAUUUGUGUUUAGUAUCACUUCUAGGAAUUGUAAAUGAAGUUAUUGCCGUCAUGGUAUUUAUGGAUCUGCGGGUGCGGAGGGGAACAGUACCACACCAUUUAAUAUUGUCUGUUUUUCCAAAAGGCUUUCUGCUGAACUUGCAGCAAGGCAUUUUCACAUUGUCACAUAUGGCAAGACACUAUCUCAAUGUCCCUGUGUGUAAUAUAACCCUUACUGUUGCAACAUGAAUAAAGUUAAAGGAAUGGA